ACGUCCGAUUUUGGCACGGGGUCUGUCGGAAAAGUUGUUUCGUAGCUCCCCGCCGGAUCCUCCUCUGCUGCUCCCCUGUCUUCCUUGUUUUGGAGUCACCGCAGAGUCCCGUCAACACGCCGCAAGGGCGAAAAAACGGCCUGCGAGGAGCCAAAGCGCCUCCUCAGCUGUCAUGUCGCAGCCGACCAAAGGCAAAAAACAGCCCGCCGCGGGCUCCAAAGAGCAUGGAGGCAAAACUGCAAGUGGAGCAUCAAAAGGGAAGAAAGGAGCAGAAGCAACUGAGAAGAGAUCUGUAAAAACUAGCAAUACUGAUUUGCCUAAAAGCCAGACGAGUGGAGUUUCUUCAGUCAGUAAGGCCCAGACUUCUGUUGCAUUAAAGGCACCAACUAUGAAACCUGCUGAAACAAAGGCAGCACAAAAAUUAAAGACAGAAUCUGAAAAAGCACUACAGGACAAAAAGGCAGAUGAAUCUCAACCUGUCGGUCCAAUUGAAGGGAAGCAGAAAGAUCCUGGAGGGGCAAAAAGUCCAAGCAAAGAUUCUUUAGGGAAGGAGCCUAAGCAACCAAGUUCGGGAAAAGAAGCCUCUGGUCAAGAUGCCAAGUCAACACAGUUGGCAUCAACUAAAAAAGCAAAGGCUACCACUGACAAGAAACCAUUGGCUUCCAAGGUAGCUGUUGGCAAGGUAGCUGUUGGCACAGCUGGAACAGUCACAGCUGCUGGCUUGACUGCUGCAUCUGCAGAGAUUAAAGAACAUAAAUUGGUAUCUCCUGUUCCAGUUACUGCAGGCAGUAAACCAGCAGAAAAGUCUGAUUUAGAUACUGCCUUAGAUGAUUUAAUAGAUACACUUGGAAGUCCUGAAGAAAAUGAACCACCUGCUCCAAUAUAUACUGGACCAGAAGUUUCGGACCCAAUGUCGUCCUUAAACAUAGAAGAGUUGGGCAAACGGGAGAGCACAAUUCCUCCAGAAUACAGGAAAUUAUUGGAGAGUAAAGUUGGUGAUAAAAUAACUUUUCCAUCAGUUGCAGUGGGAGAAUCACAGCCAACAAUGACAGACGAUGAUCUUGCAGAUGCUCUGGCAUCUGAUUUCACUUGCACUACUAUACCAUCUGCUGGAGAAAAGGAAGUCAGGCCAAAAGAGCCUGCAACAAAAGAUGAGCUUUUACAAGCCCAUACUACAACAUCAGUCAGCAGUUCAGCUCCUCCCAAAGAGAAGAAACCAAAAUUGGAAGAGGUGACAAUUAGUGAUAGUGCCCUGGAUGCUCUUGGGGACACACUUGGUAUGGCAGAACCUGAACCUGAAGAAGAUACUAGUUCCUUCGUUGAAGUUGAAGAGCCAAAAGCCAUAGAAAGGAAAGAAAAGAAACCUGGUGAACGUGAUGAUACAAUUCCUCCUGAAUACAGAUUAAAACCAACCUUGGACAAAGAUGGGAAGCCGCUGUUGCCAACACCCGAAGAGAAACCAAAGCCAAUUAAUGAGACUGAACUCAUUGAUGAAUUUUCAAAAGACUUUGUCUGUCCUGCUUCUUCCACAGAAAAUUCAAAACCAACUGAACUUGCUGAUAUAUCUAAGAGACGUGCGGUAGAUGAGCCACCCCCAAUUCCCAAACUAAUAGUAGCUGCAUCUCCUGUAGCUCUUCCUGUGCAACCUUUGGCUUCACCAGAAGUUUCAACAAAACCUGAGUCAACUAAGCCCCAGAAAACAUCUGGAGAAGAAGCUAUCUCAGCUUCAGCUGUGUCUUCUGUAAAAUCUUCAGCUCCUAUAAUCACUUCUCCAAGCACACAAGCAACUAGUGAAGCACUAGAAGCUUUAUCUGGAAGCCUAGGAAAAAGAGAUCCUGCUCCAGAAGAAACAAAACCUGCUGUGGAUAAAGUGAAAGUAAUAAAAUAUCUAAUUUGCUGAUUAUAAUGGAGGGGG